UUUUUUUUUUUUCCUUCUUUCUCUCUCUUCUUUUCAUUAAAUAUAUACAUUUAUAUAAUUAUUAUUACAUAUGAAUAAUACUACUGCAUUUUAUAGUCAAAAUAUCUUUGCUUCUCCUCUUUCAGAUUAUAAUCCUUUUGAUACUUCAUUAUUUGAUACUGCAAGAAAAAUAGAAGGAUAUCCAUUUUAUCCUAGUCCAAUUGAAUCACCUAAUAAUGAUUUGUUACUAUUAACACCUGAAUGUAAUUUUCAAGAACAAGGUCUUUUGAAUAUGAUGAUGGUACCUCCUCUUGAUAUGCCCUCAUUUAUGGCUCCAACUAGUUUUGAAGAAAUUCCUAGUAUUGAUCUCGUAGAUCAAUUUAUUGCUGAACAUGAAGCUGCAUUAAAUAAUUUUAAUUUAAAACACGUUAUGAAACAAGAAGAAUCUCCUCCUGAAGAAAUGAUGAUAAUUAAAACGAAUAAACCCCGUCGUGGUCGCGGUCGUGGUCGUGGUAAGGGUAUAAAGAAUAAGAUCUCUAAAAAGGAAGUGGUAUCUACAGAACGUAAUAAAAAGACACCUGUAGAAGGUGCUUUGUAUGUAUGUCAACAUGAUAACUGUGGACGAUCUUUUACUCGUCCUUAUAAUCUUACGUCUCAUAUGAAAACUCAUACAACAGAACGACCUUAUGCAUGUUCUCAUUGUGGAAGAAGAUUUGCUAGACAACAUGAUCGUAAUAGACAUGAAAAAUUACAUUGGGGAAUUCGACCUUAUGCUUGUCAUCAUUGUCAUAAAUCUUUUGCUAGAAUGGAUGCAUUAAAUAGACAUUUACGUAUGGAAAAUGGCUGUACUGCCAGUGUUCAUUUAUAAAAAAAAAAAAAAGAAAAGAAA